ACAAAAUGAAAGAAAGUAAAAUGUGGGCGGAAGAUGGAGAAUGGAGAAAGAAAUAAGAGAGAGAGAGAAUCAAGGGGGUUGUCUGUGUGGGCUUUUGAUACAAUCCCAGGUUAGGCGGAUCUCCUGAGUCCUGCCCUUCCCAUUCAGAUUCUCAUUCACUUCCCUUCCCUUCCCUUCCUUUCUUUCUUCUUUACACAUAAUAAUAAUAAUAAUUUCUGUUUGAUUUCCUCUUCCGCUCUUUCAUCCUCUGUGUAAUCUGUUUCCGUUUCUCUACAAAAUCUUCCUCAAUCUGUAUAUAACUCAGCAAUAGCACGCGCACACUCUAUUUGUAAGACUUGGUACUCUCUCUCUCUCUCUCUUUCUGACUCUUGACUCUGACUACCCCUCUCAUUUUCAUUCUCUUUUUUUAUCGUUUUCUCGCCGCAGAUCCCUUCAUCUUCUCUUUCUUUUGUCUUCUUUGUUCUUUUUCCCCUCUCUUCUCCCUCUGUAACGUCGACUUCCCUUUUCGAUCUGGACCGUCCGAUGCUUCGACCUUUCUCCCUUUGACUGACUUCAACUCUUCUAAUUUUUGCUGGUGGGGACUUGGUGGCACUGAGCUUCUACCAUGGGCCAGUGUUACGGCAAGACCAUCCCCACCGUUCGGGACUCUGAUGGAACAACCAUCACCUCCGUCGCCGGCGACGCCGAUCACCCGUUACCGGCCACUCCGGUCAACAACGUUCCCUCAGUCAAAAACACACCUGCUCGAUCUUCUGCUAACAGUCCUUGGCCAAGCCCUUACCCUCACGGUGUAGUAGCAGGUGUGACUCCUUCUCCCGCCAGGUCCACGCCUAGAAGGUUCUUCAAACGACCUUUUCCUCCGCCGUCUCCGGCCAAGCACAUUAAGGCAUCGCUCGCCAGGCGAUUUGGCCAUGCGAAGCCCCCGACGGAGGGGCCAAUUCCCGAGGAUGGUACAGCUGAGCCUGAUCAGUCGCUUGAUAAGAAUUUUGGAUACAACAAGAACUUCGGCGCUAAGUAUGAAUUGGGGAAAGAAAUCGGCCGGGGGCAUUUUGGUCAUACCUGUCACGCCAAGGGCAAGAAAGGAGACCUUAAGGACCUCCCUCUUGCUGUCAAAAUCAUCUCCAAAGCUAAGAUGACAACAGCAAUAUCCAUCGAAGAUGUGCGCAGAGAAGUGAAGAUUUUAAAGGCUCUUUCAUGCCAUAAACAUCUUGUCAAAUUUCACGAUGCUUGUGAGGACGCAAAUAAUGUGUACAUAGUAAUGGAAUUGUGUGAAGGAGGGGAAUUACUUGACAGAAUAUUGUCAAGAGGUGGUAAAUAUUCAGAGGAUGAUGCCAAACUUAUUGUUGUCCAAAUUCUAAGUGUAGUUGCAUUUUGUCAUCUCCAAGGUGUGGUCCAUCGUGACUUGAAGCCUGAGAAUUUCCUUUUCACCUCCAGAAAUGAAGAUGCUGACAUGAAGCUUAUCGAUUUUGGGCUUUCUGACUUUAUUAGACCAGAUGAAAGACUUAAUGAUAUUGUGGGAAGUGCAUAUUAUGUGGCACCAGAAGUCCUCCACAGAUCUUACAGCUUGGAAGCAGAUAUCUGGAGUAUUGGGGUGAUUACCUACAUUUUGUUAUGUGGAAGCAGACCAUUCUGGGCAAGGACAGAAUCUGGAAUUUUUCGUGCAGUAUUGAGAGCUGACCCUAACUUUGAAGACUUGCCUUGGCCUUCUGUGUCCCCUGAGGCCAAGGACUUUGUAAAGAGGCUUUUAAAUAAGGACUAUCGUAAGAGGAUGACUGCUGCUCAGGCUUUGACGCAUCCAUGGUUGCGCAGCGAAAGCCAUCCUAUUCCUUUGGAUAUAUUGGUCUAUAAGUUGGUGAAGUCAUAUUUGCAUGCUACACCUCUCAAACGUGCAGCACUAAAGGCUCUUUCUAAAGCUUUAACGGAAGAUGAACUGGUUUACCUUAGAGCGCAAUUCAUGCUUAUGGAACCUAGCAAAGAUGGACGUGUUUCUCUUGAAAACUUCAAAAUGGCUCUUAUAGGAAAUGCUACUGAUGCUAUGAAGGAGUCAAGGGUGCCAGAUAUUCUGAAUGCGAUGGCAACACUGUCAUAUAGGAAGCUGGACUUUGAAGAAUUUUGUGCUGCUGCAAUCAGCACAUAUCAGUUGGAGGCCCUUGAGGGAUGGGAGCAGAUUGCAUCAGUGGCAUUUGAACAUUUUGAGCGAGAGGGGAAUCGGCCUAUUUCAGUGGAGGAAUUGGCUAGGGAGUUGAAUGUAGGCCCAACUGCUCAUUCCAUUCUCAGAGAUUGGAUAAGAAGUGAUGGAAAACUUAGUUUACUUGGAUAUACCAAAUUUUUGCAUGGUGUGACUCUUCGUAGUGCACAUAUGAGACAUCAUUAGCAUGUGUUUUUCUCCAUUUCUUAACCUACUCAUUUGGUUAGUGUUUGACAAAAUGAUAGAGAUCAACUAUUGAUUCCAAAGAAAAAAAAAAGGUGUUGAUGAUAUGAAAGAGAUUUUUUCCUUCUUUCUUUC